UCGAGUCUAGUUGCUUAUCUUUCACAAGAGAACAAAAAUCGACCAAUCACGGAGCCUCCAACAUUUUGUAAAGUGUAUCCUGUAAGUCCUGUAACAGGACCAGGAUCUGCUAAAUCGGUAUGGGAACUAAGUCCAGAUCCAGACAUAGGGGAUUUGUUGCCAAAUAUUCCUCUUUCUGUAACAACUCAGCCAAAUCAGAAUACACCUAGGAGGUCACGAAAUAAAAAAAGAGAUGGUCCAGAUGACAAUGUUUAUGCAGAUCAUGCAGCACAGGGUCAAAGACCAUCUAAUGAGACAAAACAAAUUUUUGAACUUCUUCGAUUUGGAAAUAUCGAAGCAAUUACUAACUUGGUGGAUAAAAAUGGUUCUAAAAUAUUGAGUGUUCGAGAUGAAUGGGGGUACACACCAGCUCACUGGGCUGCUCUUGAUGGAAACAUUGAAGUGAUGAGGUACUUAAUUGAGAGCAAUGGACCGGUUGAUCUUUCUUGUCUUGGAACACAAGGACCUCGGCCAAUUCAUUGGGCAUGUCGAAAAGGGCAUAGUGCAAUUACUCAGUUACUUCUGAAGUCUGGAGUAGUGGCGAAUGCUGUAGAUUUUAAGGGCUUGACUCCACUUAUGACUGCCUGUAUGUUUGGUAAGUUUCCAACGGCUGCCUUCCUCCUCGGCUCUGGAGCACUUUGUCACUUGACUGAUAUAAAUGGUGAUACGGCAUUACAUUGGGCAGCAUACAAGGGUCAUUCCGAUCUCAUUCGACUACUCAUGUAUAGUGGUGUCGACUUGCAGAAGCCUGACUAUUUUGGCUCAACGCCGUUACAUCUAGCUUGUCUCGCAGGACACCUCAGUUGCGUGCGUAUUCUUUGUGAGAAGAGUAAGAUCGAACUUGAACCACGUGAUAAGAAUGGCAAGACGCCUUUACAACUCGCCAAGAGUCAUCGCCAUGGGGAGAUUGUAAGGAUAUUGCAGACAGAGAUGAAGCACAGAGCAAGGUGGAUACCACCAGUCAACGAACUUUGGGCAUUGCUUUUUGGAGGAGCAGGAAAUAGUAAGGGACCUUUGCUACUUUUCAUGAUUUCGGUACUGUUAUGGGGCUAUCCGAUGUACUUAUUGAAAUGCAUUCCCAUAACAUGGGAUUUAUUGCGACGAAGCCAUUAUUGUUUUAUAUACUGGAAUAUUGUUAUGUGGAUUUCUUGGAUAAUAGCGAAUAGAAAAGAUCCCGGUUAUAUCCCGCAAAAUAGCGAUACAUAUUAUCGAGCGAUUAAACAAAUUCCUUAUUUCGAUAAAUGGAAGAAACGCAAUAUUAUAUUGUCUAGACUUUGUCAUAGCUGUAAGUGUUUUAGACCAUUAAGAGCCAAGCAUUGUCGAAUCUGUAAUCGUUGUGUUUCAUAUUUUGAUCAUCAUUGUCCAUUUAUUUAUAAUUGUGUUGGACUUAAAAACAGAAUAUGGUUUUUUAUUUUUGUUAUGUGUAUAGCUACAAACUGUUCAUUUACUUUAUAUUUCGCAUGUUAUUGUAUUGCAAUUGAAGGCAUACAAUUAUUGUAUGUACUGGGUUUAUUGGAAGCAUUAAUUUUUUGUGGAUUAGGUUGGAUACUCACAUGUACUUCGAUUUUACAUGCCUGUAUGAAUUUAACAACAAACGAAAUGUUUAAUUACAAAAGAUAUUCAUAUCUGAGAGAUAAAAAGGGAAGAUAUUGGAACCCUUUCAGUCGAGGACCAAUACUGAAUUUUAUUGAAUUUUUUCUUUAUCCUUCAGAUCAAUAUACUAAUGAUCCUCAACAUUAUCACAAUUUUCAAGAUGAAAUAAUGUAAUAAUAUAAGUUGUUUUAAUUA